AUGUCUAAGAGAGCUGCGGACACCGACGAGUACUCGGCUGCCCUCAAGGCAGGCGAGCGCCCCAUGGCCGACGCCAUCCCGGACGAGGCCGGGGAAUUCGAGGACGAGUUCGAGGAUGAAUUCGAGAGCGAGGACGAAAUUCUAGAGGCCGGUGUCGAUGGUCGCCCGGAUGCAGAGCGCGAGGAGGAAGAGAAAGAGGCUAUGGAUGUUGACAAGCAGACUUUCAUUCCUGGUCGGACAAAAUUGGCUCCCGGCGAGACACUCUCCCCCGACCCGUCCACCUAUGACAUGCUUCACGCUCUCAACACACCAUGGCCUUGUCUUUCCUUCGACAUUAUUCGCGAUUCGCUCGGCGACAACCGCAAGACCUUCCCCGCUACGGUGUACGCAGUUGCCGGCACCCAGGCAGAUGGCACAAAGGCCAAGGACAACGAGCUCAUGGUCCUCAAGAUGAGCGGACUGAGCAAGAUGGAACGUGAGAAUGAGGACUCCGAGUCCGAUUCCGAUGACGACGACGACAUGGGCGAGCCCAUCCUGGAACACAAGUCUAUCCCGCUGGGCUCCACAACGAACCGCAUCCGCGCCCACCAGACACCUUCGCAGUCUGCGGAUUACUCCAAGCCCCCGCAGACACUCACAGCUACUAUGCUAGAGAAUUCUCAAAUUCUUAUUCAUGACGUUACUGCGCACCUUCAGAGCUUCGACGUGCCCGGCACCGUUCUUCCUCCCUCCGCUAACAAGCCUCUUUCUACUCUCCGCAUGCACAAGUCCGAAGGUUACGCUCUCGAUUGGUCUCCUUUGCAACCGCUCGGCAAAUUGCUGACCGGUGACAAUGACGGUCUCAUCUACGCGACCACCCGUACUGAGGGUGGAGGUUGGGUUACUGACUCCCGUCCAUUCACUGCCCACCAGUCUUCGGUCGAGGAGCUUCAGUGGUCCCCCAACGAGAAGAACGUUUUCGCUUCCGCGAGCAGCGACGGUAGUGUGAAGGUGUGGGAUGUGCGAUCCAAGUCUCGCAAGCCCGCUGUGGAUGUUAUGAUCUCCAAGACCGAUGUCAACGUCAUGAGCUGGGCCAACCAGACUUUCCACUUGUUGGCAACUGGUGCCGACGAUGGACAGUGGGCCGUGUGGGACUUGCGACACUGGAAGCCCAACAAUGCGGGUCAGAUCAGCGCCUCGCCUGUUGCUUCUUUCGACUUCCACAAGGAGCCUAUUACCAGUAUCGAGUGGCACCCUACUGACGACAGUGUCGUCGCUGUCGGUUCCGCUGACAACACGGUCACCCUGUGGGAUUUGGCUGUCGAGCUGGAUGACGAAGAGAGCCGUCAGGCUGGCAUGGCGGAUAUUCCGCCGCAGCUUCUGUUCGUUCACUAUAUGGAGUCCGUCAAGGAGGUGCACUGGCACAACCAGAUGCCGGGUGCGCUGAUGGCAACCGGUGGCAGUGGGUUCAGUGUUUUCAAGACCAUCAGUGUCUAA